AGUCUGACUCUUCCAUCCUUCGUCUUCCUGUCAACUUCUGUGGUGCGAGUGCGAAAAAUCAAGCAGCAAAGAUGACUUUCACUCAUGAAGAUGAGGUCCACAUCGGCGAGGCCUGCAAAUUACUCACUCAAAUUCCAAAUGCAGGAGGAGAAGCCUUAGCAAGAAUGUUUGCAGCCUUCCCUGGUACAAAGUCCUACUUCCAGAAAUUUGGUGAUUACAAAGCAAGUAGUGACAAAGUGAUUCAACAUGGUAAGAAGGUGGUUGAUGCCCUUGCAAAAGGCGUGAAACAUCUCAAUGACACGGAAAGUCACUUGCAUCCUUUAAGUGAAAAGCAUGCCACGGAACUCAUGGUGGACCCUGUCAACUUUGAACAUCUAGUCUGAAGAUUCCUCACUAGG